UACUAAUACUUACUAAGAAUACUCUUAUCCAAUAAGGCUCUCAAAUAUCCAUUACUCCCAAAGAAGGGCUACCACGAACUCCACCAAGAAUAUUAAGUGACCAAUUUAGUAUUUCCAUAUUUAUUAAAAAAAAAAAAAAAAUUUCCCACUCACGUGCAUAGAAAGAACAUAUGAGUCUUUAUUUUUUGAUUCUUGGUAGAUUCCUUUUGUGCUUUAUUUGUUCUAUAAUAUAAUAAUAGUAUUUAUAUAUUCCAAACCAAUUCCAAUACGAACUCUUCUCUCUAUCCUCCAUCAAAAAAACUUACUUACAAUGACAGCCUCUUCUUCUUCUCCUGAAAACAGCAAAAGCUCUCUCUCUGGACUAGCUCCACUCGAGGCUGUACUAUUUGAUGUUGAUGGAACUCUAUGCGAUUCGGAUCCACUUCACCACCAAGCUUUCAGUGAAAUUCUUCUAGAGAUAGGUUAUAAUGGAGGAGUUCCUAUUGAUGAUGAAUUCUUUAUUAAAAAUAUUGCUGGUAAGCAUAAUGAUGACAUUGCCAGGGCAAUCUUCCCUGAUGAUUUCGAACGAGGUUUAAAGCUUACAGUGGAGAAGGAAGUUGUGUUUCGCAGAUUGGCUUCAGAACAAUUGAAGCCUGUGGAAGGUCUUUACAAAGUGAAGAAAUGGAUCGAAGAUCGUGGCCUAAAACGCGCUGCUGUUACAAACGCUCCAAGACCGAAUGCUGAACUCAUGAUCUCACUUCUUGGGCUUUCAGAUUUUUUCGAUGUUCUCAUUCUUGGAGACGAAUGUGACCAUGCCAAGCCACACCCAGAACCUUACUUGAAGGCUCUGGAAGUACUGAAAGUAUCUAAGGAUCACACUUUCAUAUUUGAGGACUCGGUGUCUGGGAUAAAAGCCGGGGUAGCGGCUGGGAUGCCGGUUGUUGGUAUAGCCACUAGAAACCCAGCACAGUUAUUGAUGGAAGCAAAGCCAAUCUUCACUAUAAAAGACUAUGCAGAUCCGAAAUUGUGGGAGGCACUAGAAGAGCUUGAUAAGAAAGGAGGUAAUGGUGCUACCAAUGAAGCUUGAAACACUUUUUGAAGUUGGAAAAAUGACAAUAAUUUUGUAGGAGCCUUGUUGUGUUGGUCCUCCUCUUACCAUUCAUUAUCUAUUUCACUUGAGAAUCAUAACAUAUCAUUCUUAUUUAUGACAUUGUUACAGUAGCUUCAUAGCUACAUACAUAUAUCUAUAGAAAAAAUAUUAUUACUAUCA